CUUACCAUGAAGGCCUCAGUCAUUGCAGCCUUUUUUGGUGUAUUUCUUACAUAUACAUAUGCAGCUAAGGAAGCCAUGAAGAAGACUAAAAAGGCUAAGCUAUAUGUACCCCAGAUCGACUGUGACGUCAAGGCGGGGAAGAUAAUCAAUCCAGAAUUCAUUGCAAAAUGCCCUCCUGGAUGUCAAGAUAUAAAAUAUCGUGUUUAUGGCACAGACAUUUAUGCUUCUUUUUCCAGUGUGUGUAGCGCUGCAAUCCACAGCGGCAUAAUUGACAAUGCAGGUGGGAAGAUCCUCGUCCAGAAGGUUGCUGGCCAUUCUGGUUACAGAGGGAGCUUCUCGAACGGGGUCCGAUCCCUGUCGCUGCCGCGUUGGAGGGAGUCCUUCCUCGUUGCAGAGGGAAAGCCAAGGAAAGGUGUGACGUACCCAUCAACUCUUGAAUAUUCUUCUUCAAAAAGCACAGUUGUUAAAUCAGAGCCUAAAAAGUCAGAGCAAGACAUAAAAGCUAUGAAGAAUGUCAGCAUCUCGAACACUGCAGAAAAAGCAUCAGAACAAGGCAAUACAGUCCACAAAGAGUACCAGACAUCUCCAGUGCCAAACCCAGCUACCCCAAUUGCCGCCACAAGCCCACCACAGACAACAGCAACAACAGACCCUUCCACCACAACACCGAAACCAGCUACAACACCUGUGACGACCAGAACCACAACAGCUGCAGCUACAGCCAAGUCUCGACCAGCACUGCAUCGAGUUAGAGAUACAGGCUCUAGCAGUAUCCACCCAGCAUAUUCAUCUGUGGCAGCGGCAGCAUCAAGACAGAUUCAGGCUGCACAAGGAAGAGGACAGAAUACAGCAUUCAGGGGCUCUUCCAUCUCCUCAAGUAGCAGGAAUAUUUUACGACACGGUACAGGAGUUCAGCGCCAAGAGCCUGUUGCAGCCUUCCGGAAACCUGCCGGAUCUCCAGCCCAUCUGGCAAUGGAAACAGACUUGUGGAAACCUGAAUUAAGCCUUUUUGAUACAGGCUUCGGGUCAAAAGAAGAACUGCAAACGAAACCGCUGGAGUCAAGAUCCCAGGGGAACCCCACCUGCAAAGUCGAUUUGUCCUUCUUAAUCGAUGGGAGCUGGAGCAUCGGUAAGCGCCGCUUUCAGAUCCAGAAACAGUUCCUCAGUAACGUGGCUGAUGCCCUCGACGUCGGCAGUGCCGGUCCUCUGAUGGGCAUCGUUCAGUACGGCAAUGACCCUUCCACAGAAUUUAACCUAAAAACUUACACAAACUCCAAGGAUAUAAGGAACGCCAUUGAGAAAAUCCCACAGAAAGGCGGACUUUCCAACGUGGGGAGGGCACUUUCAUUUGUUAACAAAAACUUCUUUUCGGAUGCCAAUGGGAACAGAGGCGGAGCACCAAACGUGGCAAUAGUGAUGGUGGACGGAUGGCCCACGGACAAAGUGGAGGAGGCCUCCAGGCUGGCCCGAGAGUCAGGGAUCAAUAUUUUCUUUGUCACUAUUGAAGGAGCUGCUGAAAGCGAAAAACAGAAUGUUAUCGAACCAGACUUUGUGGACAAGGCCGUAUGCAGAACAAAUGGCUUCUACUCCAUCAACGUGCCCAGCUGGUUCAGCCUGCACAAGGCGGUCCAGCCCUUGGUGAAGCGGGUCUGCGACACCGAGCGGCUGGUCUGCAGCAAGACGUGCCUCAACUCUGCCGACGUCGGCUUCGUCAUCGACGGCUCCAGCAGCGUUGGCACCGGCAACUUCCGCACGGUGCUCCAGUUUGUGGCCAACAUCAGCAAGGAGUUUGAGAUCUCGGACACCGACACGCGCAUCGGAGCUGUUCAGUACACGUACGAGCAACGGCUGGAGUUUGGCUUCGACAAGUACAGCUCCAAGCAAGACGUACUCAGUGCUAUUAAGAGGAUCAAUUACUGGAGCGGAGGCACCAGCACGGGAGCAGCCAUCAGCUACACCUUGGAGCACCUGUUCAACAAAUCCAAACCCAACAAGAGGAAGAUCAUGAUUCUCAUCACCGACGGCAGGUCUUACGACGACGUCAGAGUGCCGGCCAUGACAGCUCACCAGAACGGGGUCAUAGCUUAUUCCAUUGGAAUUGCUUGGGCAGCCCAGGAUGAACUGGAAGCCAUUGCAACAGAUCCCGAUAAAGAACAUUCCUUCUUUGUGGAUGAAUUUGACCACCUCUACCAAUUUGUUAAUCAGCUCAUCCAAAACAUUUGCACAGAAUUUAAUUCGCAGCCACGGAACUGACUGAAUCAAGCAAAGCAGAAUCCUUGGGCAUAAUGCUGAAGACACACAAAAUGCUGUAGGUGUAAUGCCAGCUCCAAGUCCAAGAAAUACUGGAAUUGUUAUUCUCUGGCACUUUUCAGUUCGCAAGG